AUGGCCGGGAAAAAGAAACGUAAGCGUCAGAUUGAACCAAGAAAGAAAGGUUCCAAGCAGAAAAAAAACACGGACUGUGCUUCAUUUGAAGAUAAGAAACCUAAAUUUGAUGAUGAGCUGAAUAAACAGUUUGAUGAAGAUUUACAACAGUGGAUAUCAGGAAAGAAAGAUGAGGGCGAAAGCAACAGCGUUUCAGAAGACCCAAGCUCAAGUCCACGGAAAAUGGAAGCCGAGGAGUGUAAAUAUAUCCCGCCCUUUACCCGAAAGUCUAAAAUAAUCUUGAAAACAGAUGGAAGCUCUAUUUUUCCUGGUGUGGGUUCGGGGCGAACUAAACAGCCUUGGAAGGAUAGAGAACGGAAUUUUAUUGAUACUCAACGAAGCCCACGGAGUCAGAAGACUCGCGUAGAGGAGUCUUUAACUAACGACUCGCCUAAGGUGUGUUUCCAAUAGUAAAGCGUCAGUUACCAGUGCUAUUAUCAUUUUUUUCCCGCUCUUGGCCACGUGGGUAUGAUCUUUCAAAGUCCAAUAUUUUAUUUAUUAUCUGUUUACGUUUAAAAAACACAGGAAACCCAAUUAUAUUUCAGCUGUUGAUCUGGUUUUUUUUUCAGUGAAAUCCUCGAAUACCUGGUAACCGAAUUUUUUUCUUAAAUUGUCAUUCAAUAACAUGAAAAGUUUUUGAAAUGAUUUUGACGCAUUCUACGGCCUCUCUAUCGGUUAUGUGUAAAAUGUUCAUUUAUACGUUUUGAAUAUUGGAAUAAAAUUGUAUGGUUUUUGGAACACUUUCCUCACUUAAUCAACCUCGAUCUUAAGACUAAGAGGCCUAUACUUUAAACUGGAUGUUACACUGACUGGGAUUAUUUUCCCAGCAGAGAAAAAAAGAAAAAGAGUCGGAGGAAGAAAUGCAGGUACAUGUUGAAGGAAUGGAAAGAGUGGUGAUGUUGGGUCAUGAAAAGAAAGACUUACCUCUUGCUAGUACGAGUUGGACAAUAGCUGCUGAUGUAAAAGGCAAAAAUUCACUAACAUCAAAUGGAACGCUUUUAUCUUGCCCUUCAAGUACCAUCCAGGAAGAUGUUUCAGCCAUUGUUAUGCAGGUCAUAGAUAACCUCCUGGAAACCGUUAUUAGACAUGGAAAUCAGUGUAAUGAUGAAGCCUUGGAGGAGCAGAUGGUUAAGGCUGGUUCUCAGACAUUACUUGCAGAUGUUAAUGAAGCUGUGGCAGCAGAAACAACAGUAAUGGAAGGGCAAGAGCAUUGUUGUUCAGCUAUAAAAACUACAAUGAUAGGAGAGAGAGAAACACCAGCAACAAUUUGUAUGCAUAAGGACAAGGUUAGUGCAGUUCCAGUCAAGCCAGUUGCUUCAAAACAUGCUAUUGAAGAGUGCCAUGAGAAUGUGGUAGAUGGUGGUGUACCAGCCUUACAAAAUUUUCGUCUUAUGUUGGAAAAUGAACUCAGGAUGGAACAGUGGGAGGAAUCUGAUCGAAAAAAAUGUCAUUAUUAUGGUGUAGUCAGCAGUGAAAGUGUAUGUGCCCAUGAAGUUGCAGAUAAACUAAAAUAUCAAGGAGUAAAUGGCUCAACAGUCAGCAGGCCAGAAGUUCAGAAAGAAGUUUUGUUUGGACAAGAAAGCUCAUCAGGAAGUGAAGGUAUCCAAGCUGUAAAUACAUUGGUACCAUCAAUGGAUACCCAGCUCAUCUCUGCACAGUCUUUAAAAGACUGUGUUCAAUUUAAUUUGGGAGUAGGACAAUCCCCAACAUCCAAUGCAAAUAUAAACUCAGCAAGAGAGAAAAAGGUAAAUGUGGAAAAACAGAUGGUUGUAGACAAGGUAUCCUGUGAAAAUUGUUCUGAUGUGUGUGGAGCUAAUGAUUCGUUGCAGCCCAUUAAUGAGCAAGGUCUUGACCAGAUGGUUCCAAAUUAUUACAAAAACAGCACUGUGAUAUCAGUAAGUUUUUUAUCUCUUGUUCUUCAUUGUUCCUUUCAAGUAGAAUAUAACACCCACCAUUUUUCUGCCCUUCAUCACAAAGUCAAAAUCACAACUCAGCAGUUGUCAUUGGAAUAUGCAAACUUAGCUUGUUGAACAGGGUACUCCAAUUUCCUCAUUUUAGAGGUUGUGUGGCUUUGAAAAGCCACAACUACUCUCAGUAGGCAAAGCUCCUUUUGAACUUGUAAUUUAUUAUGUGUAGCAUUCACUGUCUCCCAUUUAGAAUGAAAUUCCUGAAGUAACAGAAUCUACAAGAAUUUCUAAGAUGAAGAAGAUAACUGUGGUUGAUGACAAAAACAUUGAACAUGUAACAGUAGUCCAAAAAGGGCCCACCAAGCCUGGAAAUGGUUUCAAUCUGGAGUCCUCUCAGUCCCGUUGCACUGCUCAGGCAUCAGAACUUGCUAUAGAGGAAAAUUUAAUAGAAGACCUGACUGUGACUAGUGCCCAGUCGACUGCUGAAGUUGAACAUGAAGAGUUGAUACUAGAAACUGAAAGAGAAGAAUCUUGUGACAUGGUGCAGAGCAAAAGUAUUGAGAGCCCAACAAGGAAGCUGGAAGGAGGGUUCUCCUUUUCUGGUUCUGAUGCUAACCUUUUGGAAUUUGGUAGUGUAAUGGAAUGUACAGACUCUCAGCUGGUUCAUGUUGAUGAAUACUUUGAUGAGGAGCAGCCACCCUUAAGGCCUUUGAAACAUGAUUCCAGGUAAUUGGUCAAAGUUCAGUCACUUAAGAUGCUAUUUGCAGUUAUUUCUUAGUUUCUUACUUGGGAGAUUUACCCACCUUUCCACCUAGGGCAUAAUUCCGAUCAAGAUUUAGGGCAGGAAUGGGUGAGAUUAAGGAUACUAAAUUAUCAGACUUGAUCAGAAACUAAACACAACAAAAAGAUGAGAGAAUUCAGAUACAAAGCAAUUUAAAGUCCUUGACCAUAAUGAACUCCCUUUUUGUCAAAUGAUUUUCCUUGCAUUUGAUGUAUUGUGUACUUGUUAACAUAUUUGUUUUCAUUAUUUCGGUCAGUAAUGUAUAUAGUGAUGUAGGAGGUGACAGAGCUGAAGGUGAUGUGGAGCUUCCAUCUGACAGAGGAAUGAUCAAGGGAUUGAUCAGUGAGCUGUCAACAUUGAAGUAUGCACCAUAUAUACAUGCCAACACCUUUCUAUGCUUGGGUUAA